AUGUCUGUUGUUGCUUCAGUCCAAAGCCACUCCGAGUUCCAAACUCUUAUCAACUCGGGCCAAGUUGUUAUAAUCGACUUUUGGGCUGAAUGGUGUGGUCCUUGCCGGUUCAUAAGCCCGGUGUUUGAAAAAUUGGCCUCCGACCAAGUGUUCAGUUCGAUCAAGUUUGUCAAAGUCAAUACGGAUGAACAGGUCGAUAUUGCGAGUGAGGUUGAAAUCAGGUCCUUGCCAACUUUCAUGGUUUUUCGGGGUGGCCAAAAGCUGGAUCAGCUUGUGGGUGCUAACCCCCCAGCCCUGGAGCAGCUUGUUCGGAAAUAUGCAUAA